UGAAUCCCUCCAUUACAUUUGACUACUGUGAUCCUUCAUUCCCUCACUUCUGUGUAUAAGUCUAAUUUCUUCUAGUUCUUUAUGGUUUCUGUUGCUGUUCUUGUUGUCUCCUGUGACCUCUGCUGACUCUGUAGCUAAGGGUGACCUUGAACUUCUGAUCCUUGGGCCUUUACUUCCCAAGUUCUAGGAUUACGGAUGUGUGCAGCCUCUCUCAGCCUUAUGUUGUCUCUUUCUAACUAACACAUAAUCCUAACCAUGUGCCAGGCACUAAUCUCAUCAUAAUAAACGUAUGGGCUAUGAAGCAGAUACUUUGUAUUCGUUUAUUCUAUGUUACAGAUAAACCUGCCCAUAUAUGCUCUUAAAUGCUGAGACAUCUGUGCAGUGCCCAGAGUUAGUUAAUUUGUUUAGUGAAACAAGAUCUCUCUAGGUAGCACUAACAGGUCUCUUACUUGGACCCUAGUCCAAUUUUGCUCCCCUCCAAAUGAAGCCCAGUACCAUUCUGUGGCAAAAUUGAAUCCCAUAGCUCCCCAGUGGAUAAAUUUAUCGGUUUACAAGGCCUUUCGCAUUUUUGUGCUUCAGAACAUAGAAUGAACUAACUGUAGGCUCAGAGAAAAACACUACUCUAAAGAAGCAUGGUGGUGCACGCCUUUAAUCUCAGCACAGGAAAGGCAGAGAGGCAGGAGGCUCCCGGUGAGUUAGAGGUCAGCCUAGUCUACACAGCGAGUUCCAGGCCAGCUAAGGCUACGUUGUGAGACCUUAACUACAAAUAUAUCUACAUACUCCUCCUCCUCCCUCUUUGACUCCUGGAAGGCUUCCCAUCAGCAGCAAGAGCCCUUAUCUCAUAAACACUUCACGUGGCCUUUCCCAGUGGCACUAUCUCCUCCCCGCUUCUAUGCUAGCGAUCACGAAUCCUAGAAAGUUCUACUUCUGGAACAGCCAGUCCAGGUGGAUCAGUCCAUUCUGGGUCUCCCCGCAGCUCUCCCCCACAGAGUGUGGUGCCGGGGGACACCAAGACAGAAAACUCUAAGGCUACAGCCAGGAGGCUCGGUCCCGCCCUCUCACCUCUUGUUUGGACCGCGCCACCCAACCUAUGCUCUCCCCGUUAUAAAAUGGUUCAAUCCAGAGGGCGGUGCUAGGUGCCCCGGACGUUCCGAUUGGCCCAGGCGAGCCGUACCAUGGCGGCGGGGGCGACCGUGGGCAGCGGGUUUUGAGUCUGUAUGUGCUUAACCUGAGGCGGUAUCUGUCUCCUACGCUGGUGGUGCCAGGAUGCCCGCCGGGAUGCAGUGGGCCGUGGGCCGGCGGUGGAUAUGGAUCGCCCUGUUUCUGGCUGCUGCCGCGGUGCUGAUCCAGGCCUUUUGGCUAUGGCUGGGUACGCAGAGCUUCGUCUUCCAGCGAGAAGAGAUAGCGCAGCUUGCUCGACAGUACGCUGGACUGGACCAUGAGCUGGCCUUCUCUCGGCUGAUCGUGGAGCUGCGGAGGCUGCACCCAGGCCAUGUGCUGCCGGAUGAGGAGCUGCAGUGGGUGUUUGUGAACGCGGGCGGCUGGAUGGGCGCCAUGUGUCUUUUGCACGCCUCGCUGUCUGAGUACGUGCUGCUCUUCGGCACCGCCCUGGGCUCCCGUGGCCAUUCGGGGCGAUACUGGGCUGAGAUUUCUGACACCAUCAUCUCUGGCACCUUCCACCAAUGGAGAGAGGGCACCACGAAAAGUGAGGUCUUCUACCCAGGAGAGACAGUUGUGCACGGCCCUGGAGAGGCAACGGCUGUGGAGUGGGGACCAAACACAUGGAUGGUGGAGUACGGCCGGGGUGUCAUCCCAUCCACGUUGGCGUUUGCCCUGGCUGACACUGUCUUCAGCACCCAGGACUUCCUCACCCUCUUCUAUACCCUUCGCGCCUACGCUCGGGGCCUCCGGCUCGAGCUCACCACCUACCUCUUUGGCCAAGACCCCUGACCAGCCAGGACUGAGGAAGACCUGUGGAUGGACAGGAGCGGCAGGACCACACUCAUCUACUUGCUGGAACUCAUGUGCACCAACAGCAGCAUCUACCACGCAUAUUAAGUUCCUGCUGUAUGAGAAAGGACAUACAUAGUUAUACAUCCAGAAACAGCUCUUUGGGAGUAAAUGAGACGAAUAGAGAUGCUAAGAUUUGUAUGUACUGUACGGUCAUGCACUCCCAUCCAUCCAGAGAGGGUCCCUACAUAUAUACCAAGGGGGCCGGUCACGUCUGAACACCUAUCACAAGCUUGACUCGCUGACUCAGGCUUUUCCGGAGCUUCCUGCUGGCAUUCAGGGCUCUGGGAUUAAGGAUUGGGGUGGAUGUUACAUUCUUCCUUACUCUGAUGCCUCAAUCCAGUAGUGAUUUCGGGCGAAGGAAAAGUGGAGCUGCCCCCGGGAGGCCCCCUUCACCGGCAGCCCUGCUGUCCUUCCCUUCAUCUCCCCUCCCCUCACCAUAUGCCUUAGCUCCAUUCCACUCCCCUGCUAUGCAAGUGCCCUCUGGCUUCUCCACGUCCUCAGCCACCCAGCUCGGCUGGCUGGGAAAACAGAGGAGAAUGUACAGAAUGCUGAAGAGAAGGUCUUCCAUCUCAGAGAUCCCUGUUGGGGGUGUACGGAAAAUGCUGGCCUCAGCCCCGGCCUGCCCCCAAGGAGAGGGCCUGGAGAAGGAAUCCUGGGUCCAAGGAGCCACCCGAGCCCAAAAAAGCCUUUAGUGUAUGUGCAUACCCCUCCGUUUCCAGACAUUUCUGUUACAUUCUCUGUCUAACUGUCUGUCUCUGUCAAUAAAACUUGUUAAACAGUU